CUUUUUGCAACGAAUAUCCACUACUAUAUUGUAUUAUUUUUAACUUUCUCCACACUAGAUUAUUAAUUACCAUAUAUAGCAUAUCAUGGGUAAAGCACUCCGACGCGGAUCCAACCAGGCAGUGCGCAAAACCGAUAUCCGCGUUGUCCCCAACACAUCGGCUGGGGCAGCAGUAAAGCCCACAUUCACAGCGGCAUCCAGCAACUACCACGAAUACUUCACCAGCAUGUGCGCGGCCGAGCUCGACCUGGCAACAGUGUAUGCGCGGGUGCCAUUGCACGAGCACUCAUUAAUGAAGCCCAAUGGCAUAGCCGAUAUGUCGAAGCGGCUAAAGACAUUGCAGCAAGGGAUGGGAGCGGUUAAAGGGCUGGAGGAUAUGCGCGGCUUGGUGAAGCAGCGCAUGAAUAAAUACGCCGGGGCAGUAGGCGGCGUGCACCGGGAGCUGGACGAGCUGGCGUUACUACAGGCGACGCUGGACGCGGAGGUGGCCAAGGACCCGUUUAUUGUGCGGCUGGAGAUCGAGGCCUUGCUCAAUGAGCUGGUAAUGGCCGAGCAGGCGCGUAUUCGUGACCUUGAGCCCCAGCUGAUCGAACGGCUCAAGGUGAUUGUGGGCGGAUACAUGGAGCUAUUGGGAUCCAGCGGCAGGCAGCUACGGCAGACGGCCAAGGCCGGCGCCAAGGCCAACGUCCUUCUUGACGAGUGUGCCGAAUGGGCGUAUUUCGCAGAGACAUUCCAGGCAGUGCUGGCCACCGAGCAGAGGGGUGGCAGGCGAUGGAUCAAGGUGCAGCGCGAGGGCGUGGUAGCGCUGAAGGAGCAAGGGCCAAUGUUCCGCAGCACAUGGCAGAGCAAAUACUGCGUGCUGACUGCGCGCGGGUACUUCCAUGUGUUCCGCUCGCAGGGCGACGUGGCCAAAUGCGCACCCGAAACAUCGGUGUUCCUGCCCACGGCCCAGGUAUCGCUGGUCCGUGCGGGCACCCUGCAGAUCCGCAGCGGCAGCAAGACGGGUCGGACUUCGCUAGAGCUCUGGCGGACGCUGAUGCAGCGUGCGCGGUCCCGGAACCCCGCUGGCAUGGCGACGCCCGAGUCCAGCGAGGACGAGAUGCCUGGCACGCAGAACCUGUAUAUGCUUCCGCUGGAAAACACCCCAGCGUGCUCGCUCGACGCGCCGAUCCGCCGGCCAUUCUCGUGCAUUUCGCCAAUGGUCAAUAUCAGCGAGCUGAGCUUUGAGGCCAACUCGCCGGGCAUUUCCGACUUCCCGGUGCCCUCGCCGCGUCUUAGCAUCCAUACCAAAGACGGCAUGGAGCACCACCGCACGGAGUCGAGCGAUGGGUCGCUGGUGUGGCAGGGCAGAGGAUCGAUUGUGCCGCUGCAGGCGACUGCGUACGGUGACGGGUGGCCGGUGGAUCUGCCAGAGGCUGCGCGGUCGUUGGUGCAUAGUGAGCGCCUUGACCCGGCGCUGAUGGACCCGCACAAUCCGUACCUGGGCGACUUGUUUGCCAAGAGCACGCGGGUGUCGUCGGUGGGCUGCCAGAACAAGGGGUGGCGAAGCAGUGUGCAGAAGACCGCGCGCGUGGCCUCGCAGCCCGUGGUGGGCGCUACGUCACCGCCACUGCCGGUGCGCAUGCUAGGACCAUGCGUGUCGCGGGACUGCAUCGACGAGUGCGAGGAAGAGGGCUAAUUGGACCGCAUAGGAUUUAUUAGCUCGUUGUGACUCACAGCUCCCUGCCCCCUUGGACCAAGCCGUAAUGCUGGCAGCAGAGCCAGAAUGGCUGAGAUUGUCCCCCGACCAGGCUGUUUAUUGCCUGUGACGGAUACACGUUUUCCCACAUCGCAUUUUUUUUCUUUUAGCGGGCAGCUAUAAAACGAGCGAGAAUGGUCCCGCUCGAUCGCAAGCUCCCCAUUUUGUGAAUUCCUUAUCCUUUUCCCUUUUCGUUACUUGAC